GAUUCGACUACAUCCCGGUAGAGGGCUCUGCAAACCGCUUUUACAGGUUUCAUGGUUUUUUUAUGAUGACCUGUCCUUUUUGACAUGUUUGUCAUUUGUGAAUUUUGAUACCAAUUUCUUGAAUUCAAGAAACCAGAAACCGUAAUGAGUUUCGAAAAGUUCAAAUUUCUUUUAUCAGUGAUUAUCAUUGAUCAAUGAUAAAAGGUUAAUUCGUUGCUUAGCGGUAUGAUGCAUUGGAAUAUGUAUUAGAAAUUCCGUUUAACUUUUACUGGAGAGAAGUUGCACCCCACAUUAGGAAUAAAAUUUACAAAUAUGAGCAAAACUUUAGAGCAUCCAAGGAAUAUAUCAAUGAGACACCGGCUGGAUAGUUUCAGUACGAUAAAUGAAAAACCAGUUGAUGAUAUUUCAGUCAAAUUUUUCUACAACCCUCAUACCAUCACGCUUCUUCUAGCUUCACUUGGGGCUGUAGUUUAUUUUGCUUUUGUUAGAGACACAAGCAAUGUGGAGAACAACAUUUGGGCUGGUAUCCUGUGUUGCUGUUUCUUCUUCUUGGUCAUCUCAAUCCUAGCAUUCCCCAAUGGCCCAUUCACGAGGCCCCAUCCUGCCAUCUGGCGGAUGGUCUUUGGUAUGAGCGUUUUGUACCUCCUGGGAUGUUUGUUUAUACUGUUCCAGAACUAUGAGACGGUUAAAAAUUUUCUAUAUUGGUUUUAUCCAAAGCUCAGAGAUUUUCACAUUGACAUGGACAAAGAGUAUGGUGUGAAUUGUUCGGAUAUUACUGUUGAGAGGAUAUGGAGCCAUAUGGAUGUGUUUGCUGUUGGUCAUUUUCUGGGAUGGAUGUUCAAGGCUGUGCUGAUGAGACAUAUGGGUAUCUUAUGGGCAAUAAGCAUGAUGUGGGAAUUCACAGAACUGGCAUUUGCUCAUUUGCUUCCCAACUUUAUUGAAUGCUGGUGGGAUGCUCUAAUCCUAGAUGUGCUGAUAUGCAAUGGACUUGGAAUAUGGUGUGGACUGAAAAUAUGUAAAAUACUCGAGAUGAGAGAAUACAGAUGGGUAAGCAUCAAGGACAUCCACACUACAAGCGGCAAAAUAAAGAGGGCAGUGUUGCAGUUCACACCCGAAAGUUGGACGUCUGUACGAUGGUUGGAUCCAAAGUGUUCUUAUAUGCGUAUCUUUGCUCUUUGCCAAUUGGUCCUAUUUUGGCAGAUGUCAGAGCUUAAUACAUUCUUCCUCAAACAUGUCUUCGAACUGCCAGCAUCGCAUCCGCUGGUUACUGCCCGUCUCGUUCUCAUAGGAUUAUUUGUAGCACCGUCGGUGAGGCAGUACUACAGCUAUGUAACAGACACUACUUGCAACAGGGUCGGUACCCAGUGUUGGGUAUAUGGCUGCAUCAUGGUGUCAGAAUCGUUGAUCUGUAUCAAACAUGGCCAGGAACUGUUCGAGAGGACGCAAGUGGCAAAUAUCAUCGUGUGGCUUGCCGCUGUGUCAUGUACCACAGGUACUAUCCUGAGUCUCUGACGAGAGACGCAAGUCCGGUGAAGACGAAACCUAGCAGAAUCAAGUUUGAAGAUGGCGACAAGUCUGAGUGAACAGGUGAGAGAAUUGAGGUACGAUUGACGUGUGUUCGGGUUUUUGCCUGACUGAGUGGUAGUUUGAUUGUUGGACCGGUUUUCAAGUGUAACUGUUCAAAAGACAUAUUCCCUACUUUAAGUGUUGUUGCUAAGGAAUAAUAAAAUGCCAAGCAAUUUAUAUAUCUGACUUCUAACAAAAAUUAUAAAUUCUCCUAUCCUUAUUCGGACAUUACUGGGAUAGGAUAAAUUUCAGAAACAUAACAAAAUCCCAAAUUCAAUUAGCUUACAAUUCGUUGUGAGACACUUUAAAUAUUCAUCAUGUUUUUCCAAAACAAAAAUUUGUAAUUUUAGUAUAUGAUUUCUGAUGUUCUAUCCUUGUUUUCUGCUGUUGUUUCUAAUAUUAAUAUUAUAUUAGGUUGUUCGCAAAUUUCUUGCGGUUUUUAACCUUCAAAUUCAGAGGAGCAUAAAUCUCAGCUUUAACAAAACUUAUUUAUCAAAAUUAAAACCAUUAGAAUCGAUACACUUUUGCCAAUGAGGAACAAGUUUAUUUAUGCCGCUAACGUAGAAAUCCGGAGUUCUGGAGGCGAUGAACAUGGAAGGCAUUUUUGGCAUCGUCAUUGUUAUUGAAGCAUUUCUCGCGAAGGAAGUUGUCGAGGUGUUUGAAAAAGUGGUAGUCGGUGGGCGAGAGGUCCGGCGAAUAUGGUGGAUGAGGCAGAGUUUCAUAGCCCAAUUCAUUCAACUUUUCAGGGUCGGUUGUGCGACGUGUGUCCAAGCGUUGUCGUGUAGGAGAAUUGGUCCCUUCAUAUUGACCAAUCUAGGGCACAUAAGUCGGAGCUUCUGAUGCAUUUCGUCGAUUUGCUGGCUGUACUCCUCCACCGUAAUUGUUUCUCCCGGAUUUAGAAAGCUGUGGUGAAUGAGACUGGCUGCAGACCACCAAACAGUCACCAUAACCUUCUUUGGAUGGAGUUUCGGCUUCGCUCACGAACAGUUGUGCGCGGGUUUGCUUCCACCAGGGCCUUUAAUUCGUCGUUGUCAACAUCAUGUGGCCGACCACUGCGCAUCUUCAAGGCUCACGUCACCGCUGCGGAAUUUGUUGAACCACCAUUGUGCCGUACGUUCGUUACUGGUUCCUUGGCCCAAUGCAUUGUUGAUAUCGCGACCUGUCUCGUCAAUUUUUAUACCUAAUUUGAACAGGAAUAAGAAAAUCGUGCGAAUUUGCAUCUUGUCCAUCCUAUAUUUGAAGUAUUGAAAAAACAAAUUAUCGUAAAACAAAACGAAUACUACGACUAGAUAGAGCGAAAAAAGUGCUUUAAAAUGGUAUAUAAAGUCAAAGUAUUUUAAAUGAAUUUUAGUGUAAAAUACAAUAUUUAAAAUAUAAAUAACAAAAGCCGCAAGAACUUUCCGAAGAACCUAAUAAUUUCAACCAAUAUAGAUGUAUUUUUUGCUUAUUCAUAUAAUUGUGUGAUUUAUUUAUUGUAACAGUACCCCAGUAGUUGAACCUAACUUGCGAUGAUCAUUACAAAAUUGGACCAUCACAAAACUAUUUGUCAGCUUAAAUUAUCUGAUUACUUAAAGUGAACAAAUAGCCUAUGAUUCUUAUUUGUAUACUGAAUACAAAUACAAAUACCGACAAGUUAUUUCCCCGGACAUGGUGAAGGUUUCACCAUUAUAAUAAUAUUUUGCAGCUGUUUGAUAUUAUAUGUAUAUUUUUGAAUAUCGUUCCAAACUUGGAGAAAAAAACUUGUUGUGAAUUUAAAUAUUUAUAACUGUAUAUACUGUAGUCAUUCAAGGUAGUAAACAAUUAAAUGUGAUUUUUAGACAAAUCAUUACAAUGGCUUUUCCUACCAAAAAACAUAAUUAUUUACGCAUCUCACCCAAAACAUAUUUUGGGAAACGAAAACUGAUCGAUCAAAAGCGCCGCUUUCACGGUGACUUAAGUGUCUUUACAGAGCAGGGGCGGAUCUAGAAAAUAUGUUCAGAGGGGGUCCUUAUAAAAGAAGUGCCGGGGGAAGGGAGUCAGGAUUCAUGUUCGUCUCGAGGGGGGUCGUCGCAAAUUGAGAAACAUUCAAAUUUAUAUAAACUCUGAUAUUUCGGGGGGUGUUCGGACACACUGGGCACCGCCCUGGAUCCGCCACACAGUAAGUGAUCACUUCGGUAGCCAAUGCUAAAAUGAACUCGAUGAUAUAUUUAUCUAUGUUGAUAAAAAUUCUAGACCAAAGACAGAGUAUUUUUAGAUAUUUUAUGGUGAGACGUAACAAUUGACUUCAGUUAUACUUACACGUACAUUUAUUUAUUCUUGAAUGUUUGCUUUGACAUUUCAAGCAAAUGAUUGUUUCCUGGUUGUAGUUAACCUGUAUGUGGUCCAUAAUUAUUGAGUUGAUCAAUAUAUUGAAGCAGUCAAAUAUUGACUUGUAGACCACGUAAGGAUUAAAUGAAAUUUAUUCAUUGAUUUAUUUAUACGGGAUCAAAUCCAUUACAAAAAAUAUAUACAGGGUGUUUCAGAAAAACGGGUUAAUAUUCCUAGGGUAGAAAGUACUCCAAAAAUAACAAAAAAAUUUCCUAUGAAUAUGGACCCAAAGAUGUUCCCCUACCAAGGUAGAGAGUAAUGAAGUUUUAUUUACGAAAUUUAAAAAAUAUAUUUC